CCCCUCCCCAUUUCCCCCACCUUACCUCACCCUUACACCGCUUUUUCGCUAAGACUAGUAGAGAUAUAUAUUCCGUCCACCUCCUAAAUAUCGCUGUUAAUAAUCUCAGUUUUUCUCUCGCAUUUUUUCCACAGAAAUCAUCUCUGCUAAUCUCUCUGUUUCGCUCUCGCAUUCUUCCGCGAAUUCUCUCCUCUCUCUCUGGAAAUUACUACGGAAUGGCGAGACCUAAUCAGGAAGCCGUCGACACAUUCAUGAACAUCACUGGCGUCUCACAAGCCACUGCUAUUCAGAGACUCGAGGAACAUGCUGGGGAUCUUAAUGCAGCUGUUAAUGCUCAUUUCAGUGAACCAGAUAGAAGCAUAAGACAUGAUGCAACUGCUGUUGCUCCUUCUGAGGAUGAUGUUAUGGACAUAGAUGAUCCAAUCCCAAUUGCAUCCCAUAGACCUCCAUUUUCACAUUUACCCUCCACCGGAAGCACAAAUCCGUUUUCUCUUCUUGAUCCCAACUUCACCAGAAGUAUUUUUGAUAGUGGUUUGGAUUUUGAAAGAACUGCACCAUUGGUUUCACAUCCAAGAGAAGUUAGGGAGAUCCCAAUUGAGGUGAAGGAUGGGGACGGGCAUUCAGGUCAUUCUGGCAGGGCUCCUACCAUUGAGGAUGUCACUGACACCGAGCACGCUCAUGGCCCAGAAACCCACGGGACUGUCACAAUUGAUGAUGACGAUGAUGAAAUUCCAAAUGUUCGAAGUACACAGACUUUUAGGCAUGACAUAGCAAGUGAAAACAUAUUUGGUGAUGUUUCUACUGCAAUCCAUCGCAGACCAAGUGCUCCUGAAAUUAAUAUUUUGCCCGACUCUAAUAAUGAUAUAGAAGAGGAGAUGAUUCGUGCAGCAAUUGAAGCUUCCAAAUGGGAUGCUGAAAUGUCAAACCAAAAAUUUGAUGUCCACAGUGAUUCAAGGGAUGCUAUGUCUCAUCAAGGGCGUGCUCCUGUUGAGGAUGAUGAUAUUGCACAUGCAGUUUCACUGUCACUGAAGACUGCAGAGCAGGAGAAAGCAAAGCAUGAACUAGAAAGGAAGGAGACAUCAGGAUUGGAAGUUCAUAAUUUGACUGCAGUGGAUGAUCCUGCGAAAGCAACAUCAUCAAACACGAGGUUGGAGCUGGGAAGUACAUCUAUCAAUGAUGAGGCUGGAGAUGUGGAAGAGCAGCCACUGGUUGGACGCAGGAGUAAACGUGCAUCUUCCUCUUCUAUUGACACUGAUAGGAAUGAAGUAAAUGAGGUUAGUCCAGUAUCAAGUCCCAGGCGUGAUGACAAUCUUAACAAUAUACAGCACAAUGGAGCUGAUUACCCCACUGAUGAGUGGGGUGGCAUCUCAUCUGAGGAACAUGAUGAAGCUGUUAUGCUUGAGGCUGCAAUGUUUGGCGGUAUACCUGAAGGGAGUGGAUUUCGUCUACCACAUGUGGCACAUCAGUUUAUGCAGAACGGUUCAGAUAGAUCUGUGGGGCCUUAUCCUUGGCAAAUGCCUCGUCCACCAUCUCCAUCUCUUGUGGCUCAGCGUUUAUUACGAGAACAACAGGAUGAUGAAUACCUUGCUUCGCUGCAAGCUGAUAGAGAAAAGGAAUUGAAGGCGAAGCAAGAAGCUGAAGCUGCUCUUGUGGAAGAGAAGCGUAAGGAGGAGGAAUUACUAAAGAAACUGGAGGAGGAGCAGGAAGCUGAGAGACAAUUAGCAGCCAAAGAAGGCUCAUUGCCUCAGGAGCCAACUCCUGACGAUGAGAAUGCUGUUAACCUUGUUGUAAGGAUGCCUGAUGGCAGCCGGAGAGGUCGUCGAUUUCUUAAAUCUGAUAGACUGCAGUGUCUUUUUGAUUUCAUUGAUGUGGGAAGGGUGGUGAAGCCUGGCACCUACAGAUUGGUGAGACCAUACCCCAGGCGUGCUUUUAGCAGUGGAGAGACUUCCUCAACUCUGAAUGAACUAGGCUUGACGAGCAAACAGGAAGCAUUGUUUCUGGAGCUGAUAUAGGUUGUAAAGUUCUUCAACAUUGCAUUUACAAGAUUUAGUUUCAGUGGAUUAUAUAUAGGAGGUUAAAAAAGAUGGGGACUAUAUUGGUGGGUGAACAUGGGAGUGGGUGGCUGCUGGGUGCAGGUUGAUGAUAAUGAUGAUUACAAUGGAUUGUUUUUGGUGCUUUAUGAUGAACUAUUCUUCUCCAAAUCAAAUCAAAAAAGAAAAAAAAUUAUGAAAUUUGAUGAGUA